AUGGUCUCCUUCCAUGUAUGGGAUCUUCCAUGUUGCAUGUACAUCACAAGCUGGGCCAUCUUCCAUAUCCUGCUGGGAGCUCUUCAGGUCUCAAAGACGGCAAUAGCUCGAAGAUCAAUUCUUAUAGUUGCUUUUGACCUGUACAAGGCAGUGAAUGGAGCUAUCGCUCUACAGAACUGUAGCUGGUUUAGUCCUAGAGCUGUUCUGGGUUGGACAAGAGCAGUGGAUGAGCCUAGACCUCGAGCAGCCCUUGAGGAGAGGCAUGGGGGUAAGGGCAAGGGCUGCCCCGUCUUGUCGCCCCUCCUCUUCCUCACGGGCCUGCGCGACACCUACGGCGGCGUCUUCCGCCUCUUCGUGGGCAGCCGUCCCCUCAUCGUGCUCAACACGUUCGAGGCGGUGCGCGAGGCGCUCGUGCUCAAGGCGGACGUGUUCAGCGACCGGCCCUCCGUGCCCAUCGUCGUCAUGAUCACCCGCAAGAAGGGUGUUAUUUUUGCACCUUACGGCCCUGUCUGGAAGGAACAGAGGAAAUUCUCUCUUUCAACGCUUCGCUAUUUUGGAGUAGGAAGACAUAGUUUAGAACCGAAAAUCAUCGAUGAACUGAAGUUCAUAAAAGAAGAAAUACUAAAGCAUGGCAAGGAUCCAUUUAAUCCUUUUCCGAUUAUUCGCAACGGAGUGUCCAAUGUUAUCUGUUCCAUGACUUUUGGAAAGCGCUUUGACUAUGAAGACACUGAGUUCAAGACCAUGCUGAAGAACAUGGCGCGGGCCCUGGAGCUAAGUGUCAACAGCUCUGUGAUGCUGGUCAAUGUCUGCCCUUGGCUGUACUACCUUCCCUUCGGGCCUUUCAGGGAACUUAGGCAAACAGAAUUAGAUAUUACUGCUUUUCUCAAGAAAAUAAUUGCACAGCACAGGGAUACACUGGAUGUAGCAAAUCCCAGGGACUUCAUUGAUAUGUAUUUCCUCCAUGCAGAAGAGGAGAAGAAUAAGGAGAGCAGUUUUAAUGAGGAAUACCUGUUUUUUAUCAUUGGUGACCUCUUCAUUGCAGGCACAGACACUACUUCCAAUACACUGUUGUGGUGCCUACUCUAUAUGUCUCUCUACCCAGAAGUACAAGAGAAGGUUCAUACAGAAAUUGAAGCAGUUCUAGGAUGUGACAAAGUUCCCUCUCUCACCCACAAGGCUCAAAUGCCCUUCACAGAGGCAACCAUUAUGGAAGUGCAAAGGAUGACUGCAGUUGUUCCCCUUUCUAUCCCUCGAAUGGCCUCAGAAACCGCUGUGCUGCAAGGAUAUGUUAUUCCUAAGGGCAGUGUGAUUGUGCCCAACUUGUGGUCAGUACACAGAGAUCCUAAUAUUUGGGAGAAACCAGAUGACUUCCAACCAACAAGAUUUCUGGAUGAAAAUGGCCAGCUAAUUAAGAAAGAGACCUUCGUUCCUUUUGGAAUGGGUAAACGUGUGUGCAUGGGAGAGCAGUUGGCAAAAAUGGAGCUGUUCUUAAUUUUUGCGAGUCUCAUGCAAAGUUUUACAUUUUUGUACCCUGAAAAUGCUACAAAACCAUCCAUGGAGGGAAGGUUUGGUCUAACCUUAGCUCCGUGUCCAUUCAAACUAAUAGCUUUGAAGAGAUGAUAAUAACAUCAAAAAAGACUAAAUGAAGAAAUAUUGCACUUUAUUUCAGCUUUAUUU